AUGAAUAGAGAUCAAACUGUGAAGUAUCAAGAGCGAAACCUGCGGCAAAAGUACAAUAUGCUACACGCAUUACCGGCGUUAAAAUCUAAAGCGCUCUCAGGACUAUAUUAUAGAAACUUCCAUAAUUCUGUGAAACGAUAUCAAGUUGUAUUGCCCGAACAGCUAAUAAGUGGGAAAUUUUGUCCUCAUUGUGGAUGCGUUUAUGUUCCGAAUUUUAAUGCAACUCUCCAAGCCACAACCAGCACUGAACUAGAUGAUUCGGCAAAACUCAACAACGAAGGUAGGCAGACAUCAAAAAAUUGUAUUGAGGUCAGAUGUUUGAAUUGCAAAGUGUGUGAACAAUUUGAUUGGAAAACUGAACUAGCUGGACAAGCCGUCGAAGGAGAACCCAACCCAAUGACCAAUGGUAUAAGUGCUAGAAAAGUUCCUCAGGAAACGGAAAAACUGCAGAAGUCGAAUACGAAGAACAAAGGCAGUAGUGGUAAGGACAGAUCCAAAAAGAGGAAGCUGAAUUCACUAACAAAUCUUUUGUCGAAGAAGAACCAGGAGAAGAACCAGAAAAAAAAUAUAAGUUCAUCAUUAUCAUUAGAAAGUUUUAUGAAAAAUUAA